UCGGAGCAAAGAUGGACUCCUAAGAAAUUUUUAUACACAGCAGUCAUUCGACUUUGGAUUUUCUUCGUUAAAUUUCCUUGAAACGUUUGAGAUUAUUCUUAUAUGACCGAGUCUGCCGUGUGAACGAUGAUCGUACAGGAGCCAGUGCAGGCAGCCAUAUGGCAUUGUUUAAAUCAUUAUGCUUAUCCAGAUGCAAUAUUUUUAGCAGAAAGGUUGUGCGCAGAAGUUGACACUGAAGAAACUUUGUUCCUUUUGGCGACAUGUUAUUAUCGUUCAGGCAGAGUUAGACAAGCUUAUGCGUUACUUUCUAAAAAAUCUCCAACGUCUGCACAAUGCAGAUUUCUUUUGGCUAAAUGUUGUUACGAUUUAGAAAAAUAUGCAGAGGCAGAAGCAGCGAUAAUAGGAGGUUACUACAAGCAGUUGAAAAAUUUAGAAGAAAUCAUAACUCAGUUUGGUGAACAUGCAUGCUUCUCACUUCAGGUUAUAGCUAAGAUUUAUUAUAAAAUGAUGCGCACUGCAAAAGGAAACGAUGCACAUAAACUGGCAUUAAAAUUGAAUCCAUUUCUUUGGCAUUCGUUUGAAGAGUUGUGUAAUGUUGGCGAAGUGGUAGAUCCUGCGAAAGUUUUUCAAUUAGAUAAAUUAGAUAAUUUUGCAAUGUGCCAUGGUAGUAUAUCUACUCCCAUAUAUGCCACUGAGUCUGAUCUCAUUGUACCUACUAAUAAUUCGAACGGUACACCUACUACAAAUGGCAACAAUGUCACUCCUGUGCAAAUAACAACAGCAUCGACUAUAAUGAAUGGUAUAGGACCCGGUAUACGGUUAUAUUCUUCUGUAGACGAGAGUCCGCAAAAUCUACCUACACAUUAUAGUAAUUGUUCUUCGAUAUCGCCAAGAGCUAAGCUGCCUCGGUACCGUAGUAUGUUCAAUAAUACUAUGAGUCCUCUUACACCAACUUUUGGUAUCUUACCAUUGGAAAGCAAUACACCUGAACCAACAGUUCUACCUUCGCAUACUACUCUUAUAGAAGCUAAUGAUCAGAAAAGUUUAGUAAAACGUGUCACUAGUUUAAGGGCCCAUGUGGGGCAAUUAAUGUCAAGGAAAGAAACACCUUUACAACAAGGAAAACCAGUAUUUUCACAAUCGGGAAACACGAGUAACAGCGCCAAUAUUGUAACGGUAACGCCUACUACUCCAUCGCCUGCAGCACCAACGCUACAAGGUACUAAUGUCAGGCGUUCGUCAAGACUCUUCAGUCACAGCUAUUCAGUGAAGGAAAAUAAUAAAUCUCCUAAUAGAAAUAAAUUUGCGACACCUAAAUCUCCAUCUCGAAAGACAAAGGCCAGACUUUCAAAAACCAAUUUAAACAAGGCUAGUUUUAAUGAGCUAAACGAGAGAAACCGAAAUGAAAAGGAGAAAACGGAAACUAUUACAUCAGAAAAGGCUGUAGCUAAUGUAAACGCAUUGAACAAUCAAAGUAGUAUCAACUUUUGUGCAGUUACACUCCAAAAACAAUGUGCCGAGGGAUUAAUGUCACUACUACGUGAAUUAGGAUUGGCAUAUCAACAUUUAAGUCAAUUUAAUUGUUCUCAAGCAGUUGAAUUAUUAAGUGCUCUCCCAGCACAACAUUACAAUACGGGAUGGGUGUUAUCCAUGUUAGCUCGCGCACAUUUUGAAAUGAUAGAUUAUAAAAAAGCUGCCAGUUAUUUUGCGGAAGUGAGACAAUUAGAACCCCAAAGGACUGAACUCAUAGAAAUUUAUAGUACGGUUUUGUGGCAUUUGCAUGCUGAAGUGCAGCUCUCUACUCUCGCGCAAGAACUUGUUUCCGAAGAUCGCAAUUCACCAGCUGCUUGGUGCGCUACCGGAAACUUAUUUUCCGCGCAAACAGAACAUGAAACGGCAAUUAAAUUCUUUCAAAGAGCUAUCCAGGUAGAUCCCAAUUUUCCAUAUGCCUAUACACUUCUUGGUCAUGAAUAUGUUAUGACAGAAGAAUUGGAUAAGGCCAUCACUGCAUUUCGUAACGCCAUCAGGCUUGAUUCUAGACAUUAUAAUGCAUGGUUUGGGCUAGGAACAAUAUUUUCCAAACAGGAGCAAUAUAGUCUAGCGGAGUUGCAUUUUAAACGUGCGUUACAAAUUAAUCCGCAGAAUUCUGCGAUAAUGUGCCACAUCGGUGUUGUACAACAUGCACUGAAGAAAACUGACCAAGCUUUAAAGACUUUUAAUACUGCGAUCGCAAACGACCCCGACAAUACACUAUGCAAAUUUCAUCGUGCUAGUAUUAAUUUCUCAAUUGGUCGGCACGCAGAAGCGCUGAGGGAAUUCGAGGAGUUGAAAAAUAUUGUACCCAAAGAGUCUCUAGUCUAUUAUUCGAUAGGAAAAGUGCAUAAAAAGUUGGGUAAUACGCAUCUCGCGUUAAUGUACUUUAGUUGGGCCACAGACCUAGAUCCGAAAGGUGUCAACAGUCAAAUUAAAGAAGCUAUAUUGAGUCCAGGUCAAGGGGAUGAAGAAUCUCCGGCAACUCAGUCAGAUGAACCGCAGGCGCAGUAUAACUCCAUGGAGCAAGAAAUUGAAAGCAACAGAGAUGGAAGUGCCGCGGGGCCGGCUGCAAAUGUUUCUGUUGAAGCUCAUGCCGAUGACAGUGACGAUAGUUUAUGAAGAUAACCUGUUGUGUGCAAGAUUGCUAUGGAAUGAAGCAUUAUUGCCCGUUACUAUUUAUCUUUUUUAUUGAUCGGAUUGAUCAAUUUUUCGAAACCAACUUAGCUCAUUCUGAAUUCAUACUUUCGCGCGCACUCGUCAACUUCAUCUAAGCAGUGCUUUGUUAUUAGACAUUUAAUAUUUAUAACAUCCCCCUUAGUCCCGUAGUAUUGCGUCCUUUGGGUAACAAACACUGUCUUUCCACUUUCUGAAUCGUACAUUUAUUUUCUUUUUUCUAUCAGUCCCGAAAAUGAAUACGUUACGGAUAAUCGAUAUAUCCCCCACGAAAGGGAGAAAUUCCACAAUAUCAUCCAUUUUAUCGAUUUGUACAUUACGCGUUUCUCUGUAUAUUUUUUACGAUUACUCGUCUUAUUUUUAUAUAUAUAUAUAUGUAUACGUUCGAGCGUUUGAUCACUUUCGUUAAGGAUUUACGGUUGAGUACAGACUGUAUUGCGUUUGUAGGAUGGGCGAGUGUAAACGUAAGCAUGCCGUAAGUAGAUAGGGAAUAUAAUUAAUUAACUGAGUAAAUAAGUACGAGGAAGUGUAAAUGUAAAUUAUUAUUACUGUAUUAUCAAUAUUAUUAUUACCAUUAGUGCUAUUAGUACUAUUAUCCAUAUAAUUACUAUUAUUGAUUCAGUAAUCACGGGAAUAUUUUUUGGCCAUGUCAAUGGCCAUUGGACGAUCGUGCAAUUCUCGUCGUGAAACAGUGUCAUCAAAUCUUGAUCGAACUUCUUAGAACCUGUACGCUGUUCGCGGUUGUUGUUGACUAGACGAUUCGAUGACCGCAGGGCGAGUCAAAUCUGUUCGUAUUUGCGAUUGUUUAUUUAUCGGGCGUCUCGAAAGUCUAUUACACGUAUUUAUUGAUAAUAUAGAGUUCUAAAUAAAAUACAUUCUAUAAUUACGAUUUCGUUUUGGCGUGCCUUAAAUAUCCAACUUCCGUCUAAUGUUGUGCGAUCUUUACUAUUUACUGAAUUUAAUCAUUUAUCUGUGUUCUUAUUAUGUUGAUCCUAAUUUCUAUUUCGAUGUUCGUAAGAAUCUUCACUCGAGAUUAUCAACUAAACGAUACAAUAAAUUUCUGUUUUAGACUUUCCGGAGAGCCCACGAACUAUCGGAUUAUUUAAUUGUAUGCAGCAGAAUCUCUUUAUCGCGACGCGAUACGACCGCCAACAGUCUGGCGAUUCGCGUUCGCUGAAGCGUACGUGUGUAACCGCACGGAACGAUACGUUAAUCGUGUUUCGACAGAUUAAAAUGUAAAGGUGUAUACUUGAAUGACGAAGUGAUUUACGCGAACGCUACACGAACCAUUUGCUCGAGAAAAGAAGUCGUAGCAUUUUAUAUUGUAUACAUUCGAAGGGAAGAGAGUCGUAACGAGACAAAUAGACGAAUUGCCGACUAAGACUUGUAUAUAUAUAAUAUAUAAGUAUACAUUUAUGUGAUACGGUAUCUCGUCCCCCUUAUUCUUUCAAUUAAAGCGUAUCCCAAUUUUUCAAGAUUCGCAGAUCUAUCUGUUCGUCGGCAACCGUUUAUACACGGUGUCCUGCAAUACGUACCGGUUGAAAUAACGUCUAGACCAGACUUGGGAAAAAUUUUAUUCGAAUAAUCGAUAAGUAAUAAAACCAACAUAUAGCAACUCACUCGAUCUGAAAGUUCAAUUUUCCGUAUAUUUUAUUUAAAUUAGUUUUGGGAAUUAAUUCGCUAAGAGCAUGUUGGCGUAAUAACAGAUGGAAAACUGUUUUAGAAUCUGACGGAUUAGAAAUCAUGUUUCUGUUUUCAUUUUUCGAAGUUUAUUCUCAAGUUAGUCUGUUUUUUUAGUUCUGGAAUUUAUAA